GGGAGGGAGGUGGAGAGGGAAAGGAAGGGAGGCAGAAACACUCACUCACACAGGGAGCAGGAGACAGAAAAGCAACCAGGCAGAGAGAGAGAGAGAGGGAGAGAGAGAGCUGGCAGACUGGUGGCCUUGCAUAACACUCACUGGAGCAGUCCUUCACGCAGGUCUUGGUGGGGUCUGCGGCAGAGGGGAACGUCCUUUUUUUUUUUUACCGGCGGCCCUUGUUGCAAGGGGCAGAGCAGCCCGUGAACCGGAUUUCACAGGGCUCCAGCGGAGAGAGCUGCACAAAGGACAGAAUCUGGAAGAACGAUCCCGGCAUACAUGGACGUACAUUGACACUGACAGGAAGGAUCCCUGGAUAUGAUCUGCAGGCAGUGGCCGUGGACAGACUGAGUUCUGCAUCUUACAUCUCUCUUCCCCUUUUCCUUUCCCUCGCUCUCGUCUUUCUGUUGCUGUUUCUCGCCAUCUCUGCUGCUUGCCUCCUUUGUUACGUCUGCCGAGUCUUCCCCCCCUUCCGCUGUAAACCGAGCCGAGGUCCUCGCUGCUUGUGUAUGUGGUGACCUUGUCGAAACCGACGCCAGAGAUUUUUUGUCGACAUUGAGGAAGAGGCCGAUUGAUCAAAGAUGAUUCCCCAUGAAGUUUUUGGAGCUCAUUUUCUGAGCUGGAUCGACUCCAUCUUCUCUGGUGUGACACCUGUAGUUGUUCAUCAGUGAACGCAAACAGUCCGAGCCACAGAGAGCACACCAGAGGCCCCUGAACAAUACCUGAGAAAAUAUUCUUAUAGGGACAGAGAAGUAGUACAAAGGCACAUUGAUAUCACUUGGGCAACAUGAAAGCCAAUCAAGAGUGGAGUAAUGGAUGCCUGCCUCCUAAGAAGCGUGAGAUCCUGGCACUGGAGCAGAGGCCAGUUGUAGUAGCAGCAGCUACACCUCCUGUUGCGGUGCCGACUGAUAGUACCCACACAGAAAAUCUAGCAUGGCUUGCAAGUGUGGCCAGUGAACGCUGCAAGUCCAGAGAGACGGAAAGCCCGAGAUGCCCGGUCAUAUCAACUUCUUCUUCUCCCACCACAUCUAUCCCGUCCCCAGCAACUCCCCUUUCUGCCGUGCCCUUGGCCUCUCUGCCUGCAGUUUAUCCAGCCGCCCUUCCCCAACAGGCCGGAACAAUCCAGUUUGCUCAGCUGGGGACCAAUGUGCAAUUCAUCAGCUCUGGGCCCUAUGCUGGGUACAUCUCCUCCCAUAUUAUUCCAGCAAAUGCUAGCUCUGCACCGAACAGUUCUACAUUAGUAGGACAUCGCUCCCAGAUAGAUGGUUACACCACUACCCUCAUAUCCCCCAGCACCAAAGGGGAGCAGCAGUUUCAAAUUGGACUAUCACCUACAGAGUUGACCCCUGUUACACUUCCAGGUUCCCCCCAAGUAACCAAUCAGUACAUCCAUCUGGACAGCAGAACGCCGUUGACUGUCAGCGGCAACGCUGUGGCGUCACCUACAGGUCACCUUCAGCUCCACCCCCAUGCGGCUGUCCUCCCACAAACGCUUACGCUUGCUUCAUCACAGCUCUUGGUUCAGUAUGCAGACGGUUCAGUUGCAAAGAAACCAGAAGCCCAUGCUAAGGGCGUGCUGAAUGGGGAAGUGGAAGUGGUCAAACAAGCCAAGGUGACUGGAGCCAACCAUCAACCGGUCCAGAGCUAUGAGACCAGGCAUAUCCUCCUACCUGCUGACUAUGGCCAAAACCCUGCAGGCCUGCAGACCUCCUUGGUGCUUGUUGCCCAGCCAAACCAUGGAGUGGAACAUGAAGCUGGCUCAAAUAAAAUUUCCCUGGUCCAGACUGAGAAAGGAAGCAUCUGCUUUGGGAAGCCUGUGUCAAGAGCCUCUUCUUUCACUUCGCUUUCUUCCUCAGAGGUUGUCAAGUCUGUUGCUCCUCAUGCUGUCAUCCAGACCAGCAUGGCCCCCGAAGAACUGCCAGCCAGUCUCUACUCUUCAACACAGCCUCCCAUCAUUGGCUACAUCACAAGUGCAAACCAGCACACUGUCAGCUACCAUGCAGCACUGCCCCAGCACCUGGUCAUCCCAAGUGGUCAGUCCCUCCUCAUACCAGUCAGCAGUGCCAACAAUGGCACAGAAAUAGAGGUCAGUCGCACUGUCAGUGCUCUCACUGCCACUACUACCCCUCAAAUAUCCACCGCCAUGCCACAUGCCUAUCUGGCCACAGCUUUGUCCAAAUGUGAAGCUCUUGGCCCAGAUGGGAAUCAACCAUCUGCCCCGCCGCAGGUCACAGCCUUGCCUGCACUGCCGUCAAACUCAGUCCCUGCAGUGGUGACAGCUCCAUCCCAAGCUCCCACUCCUGUUCCCACUCCUUCCCCAGCGCCCGUCCAAGCUUCACCCUCCAUCUCCUCCCCACCGUCUCCUGUGGCGCUCCCUCCCUUCUUCAUGCGAGGCUCCAUCAUCCAGUUGGCAGAUGGGGAGCUGAAGCGUGUGGAGGAUCUCAAGACGGAGGACUUCAUCCAGAGCGCUGAGAUCAGCAGCGAGCUUAAGAUUGACUCCAGCACUGUGGAGCGCAUAGACAGUGGGCAAAGUCCCAAUGCAGUGCUCAUCCAGUUUUCAGUGGGGGAGCUCAAAGCCCAGGUGUGCGUAGAGGUGCUGGUGGAGUAUCCGUUCUUUGUUUUCGGCCAGGGCUGGUCAUCUUGCUGUCCCGACCGGACAACACAGCUGUUUGAGCUGUCAUGUGCCAAGCUGUGCGUCGGUGACGUGUGUGUGUCGCUGACCCUCCGCAGUUUAAGGAACGGUUCGCUGGCAGACAGUCAGGCUUUGGGAUCCAAGCUGAAGAUGGGUCCACCCUCCGACACGUCCCACUGCGUUGACCCCAACAUGACGAACAGUAUGAAUCCCAGCCCGCCGGGCAGCAACGGUGGUCUCCUCAUGAAGGCUUCCACUGCCAACAGGGUGGAGAAACUGAAUGUUUCUGGACCUGGAGUGGGACAGACUGGUGGGCUCGUACCAUCUACAGAACGGCCAGAAGGGAUGUUCAGAGGUGGAUCAAUGCUGGCAGGCUCAGGAGGGGGAGAAUUAAGACAGGAAUCAAUGAAAACAGACUUAUCUGCCCUCUGUAAACUACAGUGUACUGAUCCAGAGAGACCUUUUGUUCGCAAGAGACGCUGGUCGGCUCCGGAGCGAGACCAGACUGAGAAAGCUGAAGAGGAGCCUCCCGUGACUCUGCCUAAGCCCUCCUUUCUACCCCAGGAGGUCAAAAUCAGCAUAGAGGGCCACUCGAGUGCUGGCGGCGAACGAUGCUUGCAGAAAAGAGUCGACUGUUAAGAGAACUUUUGAAUCCCCGUUGUUUGAUUUGUGUUUUCGCCUGUCUCUUUUCACUCAAUCACGACUACUGUAAUAUAGACUGAGUUGUCGCAGGAUUUCCAUGUUUUCUUUCACACAAGGAAGAAGUAAAGUAGAGCACCUUGAUGAGUGGCAACACCCAAGAUCAGUGCAAUCAAUGCUGAAAGCAACAAUGAAUGCAAAUGGAAUGUUGAUCAUGAAUGGAAGACGUCUGUUAUAAGACGAAACAAAGUUUUCUAACAACAUAAAUGAAGCACAGACCCUGCUGACGUGUUUGAGGAGGUGUGCUGUAAGGUUGAGGAAGAGACGUUUGGUGUUUUGAAUGACAAUAUUUGAUGUCUCAUUGGUCUGAUCUAGUUUUGUACUACCAUCUAUAAUUUCCACACUGUCAUGACUGCCUGAGCUGCGGCGGGUGGCCUUACUCCUCUAUAACGAUUGUGUGCUUGCCUGCUGGCGUGUGUGCUUGUUUCGUCGUUGCUGUCAAACGGAGCACAGGAUAUGAGGCUAUACUGUUAGCUGUGAACUUGGUCAAAGUUGUGGAAAUUCAUGACUGGGAAGGCUUGAAUGUAAUUCCCUUGAUGCUGACACACCAAGUCAUGCAUAAACUGUUACAAACCUGACGUGUAAAAUGAGAAUGUGGCUCCGAGUCUGAUGCAAUACUGUUGCAACUGGCUGGUCUCAACAGCUUUGUGUAGAUGAACUCCUCUGGUGAUGUUCCCCUGGUUUUACUUCAUUUUCACACCUUAAGCUCCACACGGAUACUUUCUUUUAAGUAAUGCAUGGACCAGGGUGCAUUAUUUUUGGCAUCGGUUUACUGACUUUUAACACAAAAAUUAUGAAAAGUCAUAAUCUCCACAAAAUAUCAACAAAUGAGCUCUGUUAAAGCUAUUCUUGAGCCUAGCCCUUCGUCUUAGAGAUGAGAUGUGGCUUACUAACUUGGCUAAAGGUUUUUUGGAAACAUAGGAGCUUGCUAAAGACAAAAGCCAUUUUUAACAGUUGGGAAGUAAUCCAUCUUAACCUUUGGCUAAAACAAAAUGACUGACAACACAAAUACAAAAAUUUUGCCUUUAGAACAACUUCUCUAAAUAUUAUGACAUAAGUUUACCUUUAGCAUUAAAGCUGUGGACAGCCAAAUGAAUCUUGUUCUAUGAAAAGUAUCUUGCUCUUCUUUGUUCACACACAGACCCCCAAACUUUCUAAUAGCUGCUCAGGGAUUUAACAAUUUAAGUCAAUAGAAAUUUUUACACAUUAAAAAUAAAGCAGCUUUGAAAAAUUCUGUAUUUUUUUAAGGAACAGCGAUAACAAUUGCUGCUAGCAUCAUUGAUUCUAGAAAUAAAAACAACACUUAGUACAGAGUCUUCACUUCCUGGCUAGCAUUGUGCUGCUGCCCAUUUUUCUCAAAAUUCAGAACUUGAAUCCGGUGAAGUUGCAUCCAACAUAAAAAAAAAUCUCUCUCUUUUUAGCAAGAAAAUAUGCCGCUAGAAAAAUCUGACUUCUGCGUACAAAAUGAAAUAAGGCAUUAAUGUUAGCAGCUAGCUAGCGCAGCUGUCUGCUACAGAAAAUGCAAAAAAUUGUUUCUUUAAAAGUAGGGCCAACAGCAGGUCAGGACUCCUAGAACAAAAAAUUAAGGGUAUUUUAUGCUUAAAUACAAGCUAGUAUUUUGCUAGCUGGGUCUGCAAAUAACCCAACAUCUAGUUGCAGGUCAGAAAACGUGUGCAGUUUCGUGAGCAGCAUAACCAACAAAAGGAGCAUCAUCAUUUAUCAUCAUGUAAUGUUUUAUGUAUGUUGUCACUGGAGCAACCCAUUUAAUAGCAGAUGUGGUUUUGUACCUUGUAAGCAACUAAAAUUGAGUGUAUUGCUACAGCUAUUACCAUGCCUUAUGUAAGUAGGGUAGGUGGCAAACCUAAGUUUCCAGGUAUUAACUUCAACAUUCAAUAGUUGCUCAAGUUUUCAGUUAAAAAAGUCAUAUUUUGAGUAUAUACCAUUAGCAUCUAAGCCUAAUUAACUGCCACUAAAAGUCAGUUUAAAUUUCCCAAUGGCAAUUAAGAUGAGUAAGGUAAAGACGCAAAAGACUUUCUCUUUCCAAGCCACGUUAAAACUAAAUAGCCAGAUAACUAUUGUAUUGAGGAUAGGACAUUGACAUUGUGCUAUCUAAAAGUAAAAUGUACAACUAUUACUGAUUUUAAUUGCAUAAAAAUGCCGCUGCUAUAUAUAUUUUUUCAUAGAUUUCCCACCAAAAUUGACCCAAAGGGCCACACCAAGAAAAGCUGUCUAUCUGUCAAAGGAAUAAAGGGUUCAGGAUCAUGAGCGACUGGUCUCUUUGUCGCUUCCUUACUUCUUUUACAGACACCGAGGCCUUGAUAUUUAGCAUGUAUCAAGUUUACAGCAGUACAUUGGGUUUUACACUGAAACCUCAACAUUGGUUUGCCUCUCUCAGGUCCAUACCUGUUAUGUUAGAGUACUGGUGUUGUGAUUAACACCAAACUCUUUCUUUGUGUUUCAGUUGUAGAAAAAAAAAAAAGAUCUUCUACAGUUCAUACUCAGGAAGAGAGCAUAGUAAACAGAUGGUAUUUGUUGUAGUUUGCGUGCGAGUGUGUGUGUGUGUGUGUGUGCGUGUAGGCCUGAAAUAGUGUCCCCAUGUCAUUGGUAACGUGUAAGUGUGUGUGUUGAAAAGCAGCACUUUGAUGGAGCAUCCAGUUGGAGGUUGGUGGCAAUGGUGAACCCUCUCUUGCAGUUUUUUGGAUAUAAUGAUAUAAGUGACUGUUUCUUAUCACUUUAGAUGUUUUGCAGGUUUAUCACUGAGGGAAACCUAUAUAGAAUGUAUAUGGACAUGAAGCAAACUUUAUUUUUCUGAGGAUUUAUAGAGCUACUAUUCAGAGAAAGACAGAGAUGCAGAGCUAACACGCCAGCUGGUGCUGAUCAUGUACAGUGAAAUUGUAUCUUAGAAAGUGUACAGAGUGUAAUCGAACCUUUUAAUGUACUGUAUGUGCCACGACGCCUCCUUCUUCAAUCAUUCCAUUGACUCACCAAUACCUACAACCUCUGCUAUUGUUUGUUUUCAACUCUGGUAUUGAUCAGAAGUUCAUGAAUGUGCUAUAUCUCUUUUCGGGAACAUCAGCAUAGCUGGGCGUCCUCGGAGUUUAGUUUGUGUGAAAAAUGGACUGCAGUUUAACCUAAUAGCCAUUACACUCCUAUGAGGUUUUUAUUGUACCCAGAAAUAAGACUGUUCUGUUUGUGUGCGACUGCUCAGGCUAUAUAUAUAUAUAUAUAUAUA